GCACAUCGCCUCCUGCAGGUGAUUGCCUUCACAUUCUUUCUGGAAAGCUGGGGUCUUGGAAGCAGUCAAUUGAAGACUUGAGCACACACCUGAGAGGUGAGCUGUAAGGAGGGGUGAGCCCCCUGGGAUGCGGCAGCCUAGGAGCAUCAGAUUUAUCAGUUCGAGUUACCUGAGGCCCUGCCGCUUUGCCAACCAUGUUUAACGGGGAGCCAGGGCCGGCUUCGGCCACCCCCUCCAGGAAUGUGGUGAGGAGCUCCAGCAUCAGUGGUGAAAUCUGCGGUGCCCAACAGGCAGGCAGUGGGCCCGGGAGCAGUGUGGCCAAAAAGCGGCGCAGCAGCCUGGGCGCCAAGAUGGUGGCCAUUGUGGGCCUGACACAGUGGAGCAAGAGUGCAUUACCUGUGACCACACCAGAAGGGACCACCAAGAAGCUGCGCAGCAACAUCCGGCGGAGCACAGAGACAGGCAUCGCGGUGGAGAUGCGGAGCCGGGUCACGCGCCAGGGCAGCCGCGAGUCCACGGAUGGCAGCACCAACAGCAACAGCUCGGAGGGCACGUUCAUCUUCCCUACCACUCGUCUCGGGGCUGAAAGCCAGUUCAGUGAUUUCCUGGAUGGGCUGGGACCAGCUCAGAUUGUGGGCCGACAGACGCUGGCAACACCCCCCAUGGGAGACGUGCACGUUGCCAUCAUGGAUCGGAGUGGCCAGCUGGAGGUGGAAGUGAUUGAGGCUCGGGGCCUUACCCCCAAACCAGGCUCCAAGUCCCUGCCAGCCACCUACAUCAAGGUCUACUUGCUUGAGAACGGUGUCUGCUUGGCCAAGAAGAAGACAAAAGUGGCUAAGAAAACCUGUGAUCCUCUGUAUCAGCAAGCGCUACUGUUUGAUGAGGGUCCCCAGGGCAAGGAGCUGCAGGUAAUAGUGUGGGGAGACUAUGGCCGCAUGGACCACAAAUGCUUCAUGGGCAUGGCCCAGAUCAUGCUGGAUGAGCUGGACCUGAGUGCCGCUGUCACCGGCUGGUACAAACUCUUCCCCACGUCUUCAGUGGCCGACUCGACCCUCGGCUCACUCACCAGGCGCCUGUCGCAGUCCUCCCUGGAGAGCGCCACCAGCCCCUCGUGCUCCUAAGGACCUCAGGAGGAAGAAGGAUGUGGCGGGGGAGAUGGAUCUGCAGCCACUCCCUGCCCCACCCCAGCUCCUUCCCUGUACAUAGUCUUCGCGUUUUUCUGGACUCCCUCGCCCCGCUGCAUGCCUGGUGGCUCCUGGGCCUGACCCAGCUGGCAGUGGAGACUGUGGCAUGUGCGUGUGUGCGUGUCUCCGUGUGCGUGCGUGUCUCCGUGUGCGUGCGUGUCUCCCCACAUUUUAGCUGUCCAUGUGUCUGGCCUGAGUCAGUCUCAGUGGCUUCGUGGGCUGCAGUCUUGUCUGUGUGUCGUUGAAAAGAAAGCCAAGGAGUGUUGAGUGGCAGGUCUCCCCGAGUGCAGGGCUGGAAGUGGGGCCACAGAGAGGCUUUUCCUUGCUGUGUGGCCCUGUCCCCGGGGCAGAGCUCACGUGUCCCUGGAUCUCUUCUUUGUGGGCUCUACUUACUUUUCUGUCUUGUCUUUUGUUCUGCUUUUCCUCUUCCAGCACUGCUGCUCUUUUUGAGGAAUGUAGCGUCCACCACAGCUGGCCACUGCAAGGCCCCUCUGGGAACCCCCUCCCCCUGCUCCCCUUGCUGAGGCAGCUCUUCUUUCUGAUGCACUGCGGCAUGUGGCAUGCUCCAUGCUCUUCUGGAGUCCUGUCAGGGAUCCUGGGACUAUGGAGUAGAGGAGCUGAGUGCUUGCAAAUGGCUUUCUCCCUGGACUUGGCCACCUCAGUUCUACCUGUUCACCAGGUCUGAGAGGCCAGGCUAGCUGGCAGGUAGCUUAGGGGAAGGCGUUGCCUCCUGUAGCCUUGUUCUCUGCUUCCCUCCCCAUAAGCUCCCAUAAGCCAAAGGAGCUCCUGUGGGCCCUGGGGUGCCGCUAGGAGGGACCAAAGCAGCCAGUCCCUGGAGAUGCCUGAGGGUGCCCAUCAUUGUUUUGUCUCAACCUGGAGUUUGGGGCUGAGGAGGCUCCAUGCCAUGCAGCUGACUGGAAUGAGGAGGGCAGAGUCUAUGGGAGCCACUGUCUGGAGCUUCUAUUUCACUUCUGGACUUAGCUGCUGGACACUGAUCAUUUGGGGGCUUUGUUCUGUUUUGUCCAUAGGGUUUUGUUUUUGUAUUUGCUCAUUUCCAGACCAGGGUUCCUGUCUGGGAGCUCAGAUGCGCUUGGCCUAAGCCUUCUGGCUCCUCAGACACCUGGCUCUGAACCCCGGACCACCCACCACCGUCACCAGCGCUGUACAAGCAAUACUCCUUUGCCUGCCUGCCUUCUUGUGCCCACUCUUGCCCCUUGGAGAGUGGCCUGUCCUGCCCCAGUCCUCGCCUGCCUCUGUUGCUUUCCCUCCUUAUGGAACCACAUCAACCUGGAUGGAGCACAUGAACCCUGACCUGAGGUGGCAGCUGGGCCCAGUGAUGGGUAUCAGUUUCUGGACUGACCUUCAGGAGGUGUCUGUCUGCUAGAAAUCCUGGACUAACUGGCUCAGGAAUGCCUCCUUUGUCUCCCUGGGUCAAUGAUAAAAGGUAAAAGGUUGGCCAGAAUGACCCUUGGGUCCAUCUCUGGUGGAGAGGAGUGAGACCAUGGAAGGGGCCAAGGUCUGGCAAUGUCUUUCUCUCUCUAUCUCUUCCUCUUCCCUGACAUCACCCCGACCAGUGACAGUGACUGGCCUAGAGGUGGCAUGUGUCCUCCAAGAGGCAAAGACCCAUCUCAGCUCCAGUGCUUAGAGACCAUUUAACCAAAGCUGAAGAGACAGGGAGAUGGGUUCUGAGGGAGGGAGAAGCUAGUAGCAUUUCUUCUCAAGGAACCUCUUUAGGCAGUAGCCUGAGUCCUGUAACCUCCCUCUUAGGGAAGCUGAGCUGGUCAGUGUCAUCCCUAAACUGAAAGCUGCUGCAUGUCUGCUGCUAUGAGGGGCAGAGGAGAACAGAGGAUGCAGAGAAUUGCCCACCCUCAGGGCUUCUGCAGCUGAAGUACAAGGCUCUGUCCUCUCAGUGGACAUGGGGAGAGGGAUGCAAGUCGCCUGCAAAAGUUUGCUUUAUGUUCUGCCUCUGGACUCCUCUCAGGAAGGUGUGACGAUCCCCAUGGAGAAGUGGAGGUAUUCAGGACAGGUGUUGACAUCACUGAGGUGACCCCCAGUCUGUGCAG